AUGGUGUCUUCUCUGGUGACAGAACCACUGGAUCUUAUUAGACUAAGCCUGGAUGAGCAGGUAUUUGUAAAGUGCAGAGGAAAUAGAGAACUAAAGGGGAUACUAUACGCUUUUGAUCCUCAUAUGAAUAUGGUUUUGGGGAAUGUUGAAGAGACCUAUUAUGAAGAAGUAUCGAAACCUGACAUUCAAACUAAUGAGAAUAAGCUGAAAAAGAGAAGAAUAGAGAUGUUGUUUUUAAGAGGAGAUUUGAUCAUUUUGGUCAAGCCAGCAGUAAAGCUUGGAAAGCAUACAUAA